UCAAGCACUUCUACUAAAAAAAGUAAUGGAUUCUAAGUUUGUAUUUAAAAAUUAAAAAUGUCAACUGCUUCAAAAGGAAUUCGAAUACUUCUUGUUGGUGAUGAUGGAGUUGGAAAAACAUCACUAAUAUUAUCACUAGUUACUGAAGAAUUUCCUGAAGAGGUUCCGUCUCGAGCUGAAGAAAUAACAAUUCCUGCUGAUGUUACUCCAGAAAAAGUUCCAACUCAUAUUGUAGACUUCUCAUAUUCAGAACAGACUGAAGACGAGUUAAGACACGAACUUCACUUGGCUGAUGUGGUAUGUGUUGUAUAUGCAAUAAAUGAUGAACUGUGCAUUAAAAGAAUUACUUCCUAUUGGUUACCAAUUGUUUUUGAUGUUUGUGGAGACAGAAGAAAACCUGUUGUUUUAGUAGGCAACAAAUCAGAUCUUGCUGAGCUAGAAGGUUCACGGAUGAAUGAUGUACUUGCCAUUAUGGAUGAGUAUCCUGAAGUUGAAACAUGUAUUGAGUGCUCAGCUAGUGAUCUAAAGAACAUAUCUGAGCUAUUCUAUUAUGCUCAGAAAGCUGUUUUACAUCCCACUGCUCCUAUAUAUUCUCACGAUGAGCAAAGAAUUACAGAAAAGUGUGAGAAGGGUUUAAUUAGAAUAUUUAAGAUAUGUGAUUUAGACAACGAUGGUUUUCUUAAUGAUGUCGAAUUAAAUGAGUUUCAGAAACGUUGUUUUAAAAACUCUUUACCUCAACAAGGCUUACAAGAGGUUAAAAAUAUCAUUAAAAAAAAUAUGAAGGAAGGAGUAACAGAUACUGGUGUUACAUUAGAAGGUUUUUUGUUUCUUCACAACUUGUUCAUACAAAAAGGGAGACAAGAAACAACAUGGACUGCUUUGAGAAGAUUUGGAUAUGAUAUGGAUCUUGAACUAAGAGAUGAUUAUUUAAAUCCUAGUUUGGAAAUUGAUCCAGGUUGUUCUCUCGAGUUAUCAUCAGCUGGUCUUGAUUUUGUAAUGGAACUUUUUUUUAAGUAUGAUAAGGAUGAAGAUGAUGCAUUAUCUCCUGAAGAGCUAGAGGAUAUGCUUAGUCUUUGUGAUGAAAAACCUUGGAAAGAUAUUGAUUUAACAGCUACUUGUCGGAAUGAUAAAGGCUGGAUGACUGCUGAAGGAUUUGUAGCACAAUGGAUUUUAUGGACAUAUAUAGACUAUUCUCGCACUCUUAAACUGUUUGGAUAUUAUGGCUAUAUACAAGGAGAUAUGGAAAAUCAGCUCACAGGAUUACGAAUUACUAGGCCCAAGGAUAUUGAUAUUCAAAAGCGGAAAACUACACGAACUGUUUUCCUUGUUUAUGUUGUUGGUGCAAAGAAUUGCGGAAAAACAGCUUUUCUUCAAAGUUUUUUAAAUAACACAAAAGCAAAUUCGAAAGAAAUUGAAUUUUCAAAGUUUGCAUGCAACUCUGUACAAAUUCACAAGCAAGAAGUGCAUAUGAUUUUAGAAGAAGUGGACCUGGAAAAUGCUGCAGCAAAAAUUUUGUCUGGCAAGCAAGAUAGUGUUUGUUUUCUGUUUGAUGUUUCAGAUUCUCAAUCAUUUUCAGCAAUUGCUAAACUUCAUAAGAAUGUUGGAGCUAAAGGUUGUAUAUUUGUUGGUACAAAAUCUGAUCUUUCUAAAGCUAAACAGAAUUUUGAAGUAGCUCCCAGUGAAUACGCUGCUAAUAAUUCAUCAUAUGAGCUUCAGUUCUUCAGUUCAAAUGAUUCAUCCAAAAAUCAUAAAACGUUAUUUUCUAAAGUUGCUACUAUAUCUGCACAAUUGGGUGGUGCGUCAAACACUGAAAAAUCUUUAAAAAAAAUAAUCUUUACACUUGGCAUUUCAUUUUUGAUGAUGGCAGGUGUUGGUUUCAUAGCAUUUAGACAUAUUAGAAAAGGACACAACCUAAGUAAUGGAUAAAUACAGUUACUCAGUUUUAGUUAUUUUUAAAGAACUGCUUAGCAGAGUUGGAAACCCUAAAAUUAAUGGAUUGCUUUUCAACUUGGAUAUCAUUUUAGCUUUAGAAUUAAGUAUAUCCUAACCUCAUUUUAUACCAACCAAAUGUGUUUGAUUCAAAGCAGUCGUUUGAAGGAUAUUCAUAAAGAUAUUUGAAGAACUUUUUUUGAUAGUUUUAUUUUUAAAGUUUUCAUAAGUUUUUUCUUUUAAAUGCUAAAAAGUAUGAAAAAAGUAUGAUAAGUAAUUUUGUAAAUAUUCUUCUUAUUAUUUUCAACUUUAUAUACAUGUAUAUUUUUGUUGUUGCUUGGAAAAAAGUUUAAAUUCUUUCUUCAUUGUUUAUUAUAAUGUACUUGAUUGUUAUAGUUGUUAAAAUUGAAUUCAUUUUUAUUCAAAAAAUAGUUUUACCAGA